AUGUAUUCAUUUGAAGAAAACAUUCCAGGGGUGAAGCCAAACGAGCUAUACCAAAGGGAGAGUGAAUUAGAAGAGGAGUUAUUUUGUGAAAGUAAGAAGGUGGUGCAUGCCACAGAGGGGCUGGAUUGGGAAGACAAAGAUGCUCCGGGGACAUUGGUCGGAAACGUGGUGCACUCAAGGAUCAUCAAUCCUCUGCGCCUGUUUGUUAAACAGUCUCCAGUCCCAAAGCCUGGACACUUGGCGUAUGCGGACAGCAUGGAAAACUUUUGGGAUUGGCUGGCCAACGUCACCGAGGUUCAGGAGCCAUUGGCAAGAACUAAACGGAGGCCGAUAGUAAAAACGGGAAAAUUUAAGAAGAUGUUCGGAUGGGGUGAUUUCCAUUCCAACAUUAAAACUGUCAAACUCAACCUCCUCAUCACAGGGAAAAUUGUUGACCACGGAAAUGGAACCUUCAGUGUUUAUUUCCGACAUAAUUCCACAGGCCUGGGCAAUGUUUCAGUGAGUUUGGUACCCCCCUCCAAGGUGGUGGAAUUUGAAGUUUCCCCACAGUCUACCUUGGAGACCAAGGAGUCCAAAUCUUUCAAUUGUCGCAUUGAAUAUGAAAAAACAGAUCGGGCGAAGAAGACUGCCCUGUGCAACUUUGACCCCUCGAAGAUCUGCUACCAGGAGCAGACUCAGAGCCAUGUGUCUUGGUUGUGCUCCAAACCCUUCAAGGUCAUUUGCAUUUACAUUGCCUUUUACAGUGUUGAUUAUAAACUUGUGCAGAAAGUCUGCCCUGACUACAAUUACCAUAGCGAGACUCCAUACUUAUCUUCUGGCUGAAUUUUUCCACAGUGAUGUAAAUGAGGGAUGACUAUAUAUUUAAUUAGAAUGACCAAGAACCAAGCCCAGCUCUUCAUGAUAAAGGAUCCCUUUUGUUUCUGGCAGUGAACCUUAGUUCCCUAUUAGAUUUCAAAUUUAAAAAACAAACAAACAAACAAAAAGAAAGAAAGAUCUUUAAAUGUAAAAAUGUGUUUGUUUCGGUCUUAAGUACCUUAAUCUAAAAAGUCAAACUGUGUAUGAAGCCAUUGCUUUCAUGAAGGAUGGCUAAAUCCUAGAAAUAUUGUUGUUUCUCUAAAAGAAACAUGGAUGGUAGCAACAUGUAAUGAGAAAGAACCGAAUUAUGCAUGUGAUAAACAUUGCUCUUGAAAUGAGCCUGCCUUUGAAAUAUGUUUUGGAAGGUUACCUUAAAAUAGCAGAUUCCGUAAAGUAACUGAAAAGAUUGUAUUUGAUAGAGGAAUCACGUUUCUGACAUCAAACUCUUGUUUUUAUUGCUGUCUUUCCUCCCACAUCUAUGCUGUUAUUGAUAUGAGAAAUGAAGGGGUAAAAUUUGUUUCAGACCUCAUGUGUGAAGUUACAGUGCCACAAUGGAACAGAAUACUUUAUUAUCUGAGCUUGAGUGGGAUGUGACUUAAACAUUUAGCCCUUUGCUGGUCACCAUCCUGAGGCUACUCACCUGAGUAGUAAUAUUAGUGGGUUGGGAAAGCUAAUCUGGUUAUAUUUUAAGUGAGUCCCACAAUAAUGAAGGUCAUGAUGUUUUUAGAUUCAUUUGCCAAAUUCAAUGCUGUGAGAUUGCCAAAAAUACCAUUAAAUCUAUAUCCACCCUAUAACCUAUAGCUUCAUUCUAUUCAUUUGAUAGUGUGAUUUUUAUACACAUAGAGAACAACUCUGAAAGUGAAAGUGGUUGUUCCCUAGAGGUUAGAAUAAGGAAAACAAUUGGAAGUGGACUAACAAAAUUCCAGGAUUAUGGAUUCAUUAUUUCUAGCCUCCCAGAUUCAGUUCUCUUUGCAUUUAGUUAAUUAUUUGAAUGAGGGAUUAAAUUCUAUGUAGAAAUGAAGAGUAUAUUUAAACAUUACUGAUUAUUAUUAAGUGCUAACAACGAAGAUACCUGAUGCACCAGGCUUUUGAAAUCACUUCAACAUUAUUGUGGCUUCACCGUUGGUGUCCUUGCCAUCUUCUCUGAGGCGGAUGGACAGUCAUCCUGCAUCGUAGAACUGGAUGAUCUUUGCAUUAGUCCAGGAAGAGGGUCUGGCUGGCCAGUAAUGUUUCUAGAACUUGUAAGACUCAUGGAACAGCUACUCUUUUUACAGUAGGUAUUAACUUUACCCAGCCCCAACUCCUUAUUUGUAAAAUAUCAGUUGAAGUAAAACAUUAAACUGAAGGAAGACCAGUCUAACCAACAAAAAUGCUCUUACUGCAUUGUUUAAAAAGCCAACAGCUCUUGUCCUCUAUUUUGCUUUUCAUUCCUUUCCUUUUACUGGUGAUAUCUGUACAGUGUUUGAUUUUGUCUUUUGAAAAAUUGUACUAGGCUUAGUGUGUGGUAGUACAGGCUUGAAAUUUUUGCUCUGAGUUCAUCAGGUGCUUUUGCAAUUUUGUGGUUGGUGUGAAAUAUUUUAAGGCAUCUUUUUAUUUUCAUCUAGAAACAAGAUUAAAAUACUAUUUAUUGUAAAA